AACCUCUCAUCUUUCGUCCCGAUCUGAAGAUUAACAGAGAGAGUUCGAAAUGGCGAUCCGGAGGAGGCCUCCUCUCGCUUUGGCCCUCGCGGUGCUGCUUGCCGUCGCAUCCAUCGCCUCCGCCGAGGUCUACUUCGAGGAGCGGUUCGGAGAUGGAUGGGAGAAUCGAUGGGUCAAAUCCGAUUGGAAGAAGGACGAGAACAUGGCAGGCGACUGGAACCAUACCUCUGGUAAAUGGACUGGCGAUUCUGAAGACAAAGGCAUCCAAACUGCUGAGGACUUCAGGUUCUAUGCCAUUUCGGCAGAGUUUCCUGAGUUCAGCAACAAGGAGAAGACAGUAGUUCUGCAAUUUUCAGUUAAACAUGAACAGAAACUUGACUGCGGAGGUGGCUACAUUAAGCUGCUCAGUGGUGAAAUUGAUCAGAAGAAAUUUGGUGGAGAUACCCCCUAUAGUAUUAUGUUUGGGCCUGAUAUCUGUGGGUACAGCACCAAAAAGGUUCAUGCUAUCUUCUCACGUGACGGAAAGAACCACUUGAUCAAGAAAGAUGUUUCAUGUGAGACUGACCAGCUAACUCAUGUUUACACUUUCAUUAUUCGCCCUGAUGCCACAUACAGCAUCCUAGUUGAUAACAAUGAGAAGCAAACUGGUAGCUUAUAUAGUGACUGGGAUAUUCUUCCUCCAAAGCAAAUUAAGGAUCCUGAUGCCAAGAAGCCUGAAGAUUGGGAUGACAAGGAGUAUAUCCCUGACCCUGAGGACAAGAAACCAGAGGGGUAUGAUGACAUUCCCAAGGAGAUUCCUGAUCCUGAUGCUAAAAAGCCAGAGGAUUGGGAUGAUGAAGAAGAUGGUGAAUGGACAUCCCCAACCAUUCCGAACCCUGAAUACAAGGGACCCUGGAAACAGAAGAAAAUCAAGAAUCCUAAUUACAAAGGGAAGUGGAAGGCACCAAUGAUCGACAAUCCGGAUUUCAAGGAUGAUCCAUACAUCUAUGUUUACCCCAAUUUGAGAUAUGUAGGCAUUGAGCUAUGGCAGGUUAAAUCUGGGUCUCUGUUUGACAACAUUUUGGUUUGUGAUGACCCUGAGUAUGCCAAGAAAUUUGCUGAAGAAACAUGGGCCAAGCUUAAGGAUGCCGAAAAGGCUGCAUUUGAUGAGGCUGAGAAAAAGAAGUUAGAAGAGGAAACCAAGAAUGACGAAUCAGACGGAGAUGAAGAAGAUGCUGAUGAUGCAGAAGAUGCCGAUUCAAAGUCUGAUUCAGACACCGAGGAAGACAAGGAGACUUCUCACGAUGAGCUUUAGAUGAAAGCUGCCAGCGUCUGCGACAACUUUCACGAGCUUUAGUUUUUUAGACAAUUUUAUUUCUCUAGAAAACCAUCUCUUGGAGAGAACACAUCAUGUUUUCUUUCUCUAGCUAUAUUUGUGUCACCAAACCUGAACUUUUAGAGAUGUUCUUGAUCCAGUAGAGUAAAACAUGAAUUAACAACUGGUUUAUGUUCCCUAAUGUUUUAAAUGUGACUUGAUGGAAGAUGGAGAGGUUAUGAAUA